UCAUGCUGCUGCCAGGUCCAGAGUGUCUCAUGGGUCCCUGUACGGCCUCCCAUUGCUGCUGUCUCCAUCGCCACACUCUGCCAUGUGCCACUUUCAGGUCUCCUCACACUGCUGGUGUGUUCCAUUUUGUCAUAGGGUGCUGGCAGAUUACGGGCCUCCCAUUGCUGCUGCCAGGCCCGUAAUCUGCCAUGGGCCCCUGUACCGCCUCCUCAUGCUGCUGCCAGGUCCAGAGUGUCUCAUGGGUCCCUGUACGGCCUCCCAUUGCUGCUGUCUCCAUCGCCACACUCUGCCAUGUGCCACUUUCAGGUCUCCUCACACUGCUGGUGUGUUCCAUUUUUUG